AUGGCCUCCAAGCUAACCUCAGGACGACAGGAUAACCAGGGAUCGGGAGCAUUCAUCCGCAGCGAAAGCGCUUUCCGCAACUUCAUCUCCCCUGACCCCAAUGCUCGAUUUCCGGCAGAAAAGGGUCGCUAUGCUCUGUACAUUUCGCCUACCUGUCCUUGGGCACAUAGAACCACCAUAGUCCGGAUCCUCAAAGGACUCGAGGACAUUGUCGACCUGUACGAACUCCACCCAUCCAUGGGUCCCAAGGGCUGGUACUUCAGCGGUGAGGGUAGCUCUCUUCCGGCCGACCCCUUGUACGGCUUCAAGUAUCUUCCCGAUCUCUACAAGAAGGCCGACCCCUCCUUCACCGGUCCCUUCACAGUUCCCAUGCUCUGGGACAAGAAGAGUCAUACGGUAGUCAACAACGAAAGCUCCGAGAUCGUUCGCAUGCUCACCAUCGCCUUUGACAACCUCCUGCCUGAACACCUACGUGAAGUGAACAGGCCAGGUGGCGGACUGUACCCAGAGCACCUGAUGUCUUCCAUCGACGAGGCAAACAGCUGGGUCUACAACCUGAUCAAUAACGGAGUGUACAAGACAGGUUUCGCUACCACCCAGCAGGCUUACGAGGCGAAUCUAUACCCGCUUUUUGAAGGACUCGAUCGUGUCGAGCAACUACUUUCCUCCCCUCCACCCAGCGAGAGUGGCUCGCCAGACACAAAGUCGAGGAAAUACCUUCUUGGGGACAACUUGACUGAGGCUGACGUCCGUCUGUAUACCACGAUCAUUCGGUUCGACGUCGCAUACCGCCCAGUGUUUCUUUGUAGCCUUAAAUCCAUUCGACACGAUUAUCCGAACAUCUACUCCUGGCUUCGGCGCUUGUAUUGGGAUAGAGACAGCCGCGAGACCAAUUCUGCGUUCCACAAAACGUCCGCACCGUAUCUGGAUGUGUAUGGGCCGUCAUACGCCGCUGCAAGGCACAAGAAAGUGUUUGGCGGGCAGGGGCCUUUGAUUGUCCCCAGGGGGCCGACGCCAUUGAUCGAUCAGUUGUAA